ACCGACGAGAAGUUGUCACUGAAUGUUUGUGGUCGUUUUGUGAGGAAAACGUUUGAUUUUGUAAUUGUCUUUAUUUUUGAUCAAACGUUGUAAGUAUAAGCUGCGCAAUAAACCCACAUUCAAACUAAAUGUGACGGUGAUAAGCAACCAACAAAAUGAGUGAUAAAAAGCGCCGUAAGCGCUACGAGUCCGAUUCCGACUCGGAAAGCGUUGACAGUUCGGAGGAGGCUCGCAGAAGAGAUUUAAAAGAAAGAGACGAGUUCGCGGAUCGUCUCAAGAAACGCGAUGAAGCCAAGACGCGUAACAUCGUGCAGGCCUCGGACAAGAGGGCGUACGAAGAGGCCGCCAAACGACUGAAGAUGGAGAACGAGGAUCGCGACAAAAUCGUGCCCAAACUUCGCAUACAGUCCAGGAGGAAGUACCUGGAGAAGCGCAAGGACGACAAACUUGCCGAACUGGAGGCUGACAUCGCCGACGAUGAGUACCUUUUCGAGGAAGAGAUACUGACUGAGCGGGAGAAAAAGGAGCGGCAACACAAAAAAGAGUUACUAAAACUGGCCAUUGAACAUGAAAAAGCCAGAGAAUUGGAACGAGUGCAAAGGUACCACAUGCCGAGAGAUUUAGGCAAAGAUUCGACAGAAAACUACGUAGAAGUGGACGAUUUAGAGAAAGUACCGCAGUCAGAACAGAAAAAAUGGGAAAAAGACCAGAUGGCGUCAGCCGUUUUCACCUUCGGUGCCAAAGACGCAUCGAAAAAGGACGAUUACGAACUGUUACUGGAGGAUCAAAUUGAAUUCAUCCAAGCCCUCCAAAUGCCUGGCGUUGCUGUGAAAAAAGAACCGGAACAAACCGAACAACAGAAAAAAAUAACCGACAUAGAGGAGUGCAAGAAAAGCCUACCUAUUUAUCCGUUCCGUGAAGAAUUCAUACAGGCAGUCCAUGAAAAUCAGGUCCUGAUCAUCGAAGGUGAAACUGGAUCAGGCAAAACCACUCAAAUACCUCAAUACUUGCACGAGGCUGGUUUUACGGCUGACGGCAAGAAAAUCGGUUGUACCCAACCCCGAAGAGUGGCGGCUAUGUCUGUAGCUGCACGUGUGGCUCAGGAAAUGAGAGUGAAACUGGGUAAUGAGGUGGGUUACGCCAUACGUUUCGAGGACUGUACCUCGGAAAGAACUGUUAUUAAAUACAUGACUGACGGUACUCUUCACAGGGAGUUUUUAUCAGAACCAGAUUUACAAUCUUAUUCUGUCAUGAUAAUUGAUGAAGCUCACGAAAGGACUUUGCAUACUGACAUAUUAUUUGGACUGGUCAAAGAUAUAGCCAGGUUUAGGCCUGACUUAAAACUGUUGAUUUCUAGUGCCACUCUCGAUGCACAGAAGUUCUCUGAGUUUUUUGACGGUGCUCCCAUUUUUAGAAUACCAGGCAGAAGGUUUCCUGUCGAUAUUUACUACACCAAAGCCCCGGAGGCUGAUUAUAUAGAUGCUUGUGUUAUUUCUGUGUUGCAAAUUCACGCUACUCAACCCUUAGGGGAUAUUUUAGUGUUCUUAACUGGUCAAGAAGAAAUUGAAACUUGUCAAGAAAUAUUAACUGACCGGAUAAGGCGUCUGGGAUCAAAGGUGAAAGAACUGCUCAUAUUACCGGUUUAUGCUAAUCUUCCCAGUGAUAUGCAAGCGAAAAUUUUCGAGCCUACACCUCCUGGUGCCAGAAAGGUAGUCCUAGCGACCAACAUUGCGGAGACAUCUUUGACUAUAGACAAUAUUAUCUAUGUUAUUGAUCCAGGUUUUGCUAAGCAAAACCAUUUUAACUCUCGUACAGGCAUGGAAAGUCUUAUGGUAGUGCCCAUUUCAAAAGCCUCAGCUAAUCAAAGGGCUGGAAGGGCUGGACGAGUGGCUGCAGGCAAGUGUUUCAGAUUGUACACGGCCUGGAGUUACAAACACGAAUUGGAAGAUAAUACUAUACCAGAAAUACAGAGAAUCAAUCUGGGAAACGCUGUUCUAAUGUUGAAAGCGUUAGGUAUUAAUGAUUUAGUUCAUUUCGACUUUUUAGAUCCUCCCCCACACGAAACGUUAGUCCUUGCGCUGGAACAACUGUAUGCGUUGGGCGCCCUGAAUCACCACGGUGAACUGACGAAGCUUGGUAGAAGAAUGGCCGAGUUCCCCGUGGAUCCAAUGAUGGCAAAAAUGAUUCUAGCUUCGGAAAAGUACAAAUGCUCUGAGGAAAUCGUUACAAUUGCCGCCAUGUUAUCAGUUAACGGCGCCAUAUUUUACAGACCAAAAGACAAAAUUAUCCACGCGGACACAGCCAGGAAAAACUUCAAUCACAACUGCGGCGACCACUUGAGCCUUUUGAACGUCUACAACCAGUGGAAGGAUUCCGAUUAUUCAACGCAAUGGUGUUACGAGAAUUUCAUUCAGUAUCGUUCGAUGAAGCGAGCGAGAGACGUUAGAGAACAACUGGUCGGAUUAAUGCAGCGAGUCGAGAUUGAGAUGGUGUCAAACGUGACUGAAACAGUAGACAUAAGGAAAGCGAUCACGGCCGGUUAUUUCUAUCACAUCUCUAGACUGUCAAAGGGAGGAAAUUACAAAACGGUUAAACAUAAUCAGAGUGUGACCAUCCAUCCGAACAGCGCUUUGUUCGAGGAUCUGCCCAGAUGGGUGUUGUACCAUGAACUGGUGUUCACCACGAAAGAAUUCAUGAGACAGGUCAUAGAAAUUGAAAGUAAGUGGUUGCUGGAAGUGGCGCCGCACUAUUACAAGCAAAAAGAGCUGGAAGAUUCGACGAACAAGAAGAUGCCGAAGACUGUGGGCAGAAGUACGAGAACCGACUAACAGACAUAUUUAUUACGAGCUAAUCGAUUACUGUUUUAAUGUUUUGUAAUAAAGUACAUGAAACGUGAA